CAGCCAUCUCUGAAAACAACACUCCUAUACCCCCCCCUCCAGCGUCUGCAGGACCGAGUCAACAGUCACCAGCAAAAUGCUCCACCGAGCAACCUCAAUCUUUGCCUUUCUCGUCCUUCUGCUGGUGCCGUUAGCAGCUUUCGCCCAUCGAUUAGAGCUCGAAGCUGGCGAGAAGGAAUGUUUCUUUGAGACUUUGGAUACUCAGGAUAAGAUGACAGUCACAUACGAAGUCGGCGGUGGUGGUCACCUCGACGUAGACUUUUACGUGAUGGAUCCCAACGGCAAUGUCAUCAACAAGCAAGACCGAAAGCCUCAAGGAUCCUUCUCUAUCCAAGUCGACAGGCCGGGGAGGUUUACUUAUUGUUUCAGCAACGAGUUCAGCUCCAUGUCCUCCAAGACCCUGUCGUUCAACGUCCACGGUCAAUUAUUCAUGGGCGAUGAAGAGCAAAUCGCGCCCGUUGAGCAGGAAAUCCGAGAUUUGAGCGCGGGGUUGCAGCUAGUGAAGGACGAGCAGGCGUAUCUCGUGGUCAGGGAGCGAGUGCACAGAGACAGUACGCCCCUUCCACCUUCGGCAGCUGUCGAGGCCGCCAAAAAGGGGAAGACAAUGCUGACUUGCUUGAAGCUUGCGAAUCAACAAAUUCCCGUGUCAAGUACUGGGCUAUCGCCCAAAUCGGUAUCGUCCUUGCUGUUUGUGCUUGGAAUGUACACUAUCUCAAGAGCUGGUUUGAAGUGAAGAGGGUGCUGUAAGGACCUUUCUUGGAGAGCGAGGAGAUGGGUGUCACGAUAGAAUCAUUCUUAUGCACGCACGAUCACGGCCAACACCAUACGAUUCUCACAUUGGAAGCACAUCCCUGUGCGCGAGAAAGAGUCUUAGAGAUGCAUAUACGUUGC